GCGGAACCGGAAGCAUUCGGCUUGGUACCGGAAGCAGCAAGUCCACGCACGUGUAGAGCAAGAUGGCAGUUCAUCGCUCCGGCCCCCUUAAGCAGCAGAAUAAGGCUCACAAGGGCGGGCGGCACCGGGGCCGGAGCGCCGCCCAAAGGGACGGCAAAGGUCGAGUUGCAGUGAAAGUCCUGAGCAAGAAAGCGAGGAAGGAGCUAAGUCGAGUGGACCAGAGGCACCGGGCUAGCCAGCUCCGGAAGCAGAAGAAGGAGGCGGUUUUGGCAGAAAAGCGGCAACUGGGCAGCAAGGAUGGACCACCUCAUCAGGUGCUGGUGGUGUCCCUCCAUGAGAGGGUUAACCUGGGUGAGGCUUUGCUGCUGCUCCAGAACACAGACAACAAGGUUGUCCCUGUGGUGGAGCAGGCUGGGGCACCUGGCUUCAUGGUGCUCUGUCCUCAGCUAAAGCAUCGAUGGUUCUUUACAUCUGCAAAAUCAGGGGAUCUCCACACCAUGUUAGACCUGGCCAAAGUGGCUGAUACUAUCCUAUUCAUCCUGGAUCCAGUGGAAGGCUGGGACAGUACAGGAGAUUACUGCCUUUCUUGCCUCUUUGCCCAAGGACUUCCUACCUAUUCUCUAGCCAUCCAAGGAGUUGGGGGCCUUCCCCCAAAGAAACAAACAGAAGCCAAGAAGAAGCUGAGCAAAGCCUUGGAGAAACGUUUUCCUGGGGACAGAUUACUCCAUCUGGAUACUCGGCAGGAUGCUGUGCUGCUCCUGCGACAGCUGGCUAACCAGAAGCAGCGGCAUCUGUCUUUCCGAGACCGGCGUGCCUACUUAUUUGCCCAUGCUGCUGACUUUGUCCCUAGCCAAGAGAGCAGCUUGGUGGGCACCUUGAAAGUGUCAGGCUAUGUUCGUGGGCAGACUCUUGAUGUAAACCGUCUCCUGCAUAUUGUUGGGCAUGGUGAUUUCCAGAUCAAGCAGAUUGAUGCACCUGCAGACCCUUUUCCUCUAAAUCCGAGAGUGAUUAAAGCUAGGAAAGGCCUGGACAUGGCCAUGCAGGUGGAAGGUGUGGAUGCUGAUGGAGCAACUGAGAUGGAGGAAGACCUUAAAGUCUUAGUAAGAGCAGACCCUGCUCGACAGGAAUCUCUCCAGUCAGAGGUGGUUCCAGAUCCUAUGGAGGGGGAACAGACCUGGCCCACUGAGGAGGAGCUAAAUGAGGCAAAUGAUUUCUUAAAGGAAAGAACCAAGAUGGUAAAGAAGGUCCCCAAAGGAACAUCUAGUUACCAGGCUGAAUGGAUUGUGGAUGAGGAUGAUGUCAGCAGCAUCGAUGAGGAGGAGGAGGAGGAGGAAGCUGCUGAGGAUUUCAUGGAGGGGGAAGAGUCAGAGACUGAGGGUAGUGAAGAAGAAUGUGAGACCAUGACCUUAGGAGAAUCUGUUCGAGAUGAUCAGUAUGAUGAGAAGAUUGACGAAGAGGCUGAGGAACAGAUGCUGGAGAAAUAUAAGCAGGAGAGACUGGAUGAGAUGUUUCCAGAUGAAGUAGACACUCCCAGGGAUGUAGCAGCGAGGAUCAGAUUUCAGAAGUACAGAGGCCUCAAGAGCUUCCGCACAUCCCCAUGGGAUCCCAAGGAAAAUUUACCCCAGGAUUAUGCUCGGAUCUUUCAGUUUCAGGACUUUUCCAGAACUAGGAAACGAAUCUUUAAGGAGAUUGAGGAAGAGGAGUCUGAAGGGGCUGAGGUUGGCUGGUACGUGACCCUGCAUGUCUGUGGAGUUCCUGCCUCCGUGGUUGAGAGCUUUAGGCUGGGGGUACCUUUGGUCAUGUUUUCUCUCUUACCACAUGAACAGAAGAUGUCAGUGCUGAACAUGGUGGUGAGGAGACACCCUGGCAACCAGGAGCCUGUGAAAUCCAAAGAGGAGAUGAUCUUCCAUUGUGGCUUCCGACGCUUCCGAGCAUCUCCUCUGUACUCCCAGCACACUGCAGCGGAUAAACACAAGGCUGAGCGGUUUCUUCGUCCUGAUGUGGCCUUAGUAGUCACUGUUUAUGCCCCGAUCACCUUCCCUCCAGCCUCAGUGCUGCUCUUCAAACAGAAACCUGAUGGCAAGCAUAGCCUCAUUGCAACAGGGUCUCUCCUGUCAGUGGAUCCAGACAGGAUGGUCAUCAAGAGACUUGUACUGAGUGGGCAUCCUUUCAAAAUCUUAACCAAGAUGGCAGUAGUCCGCUACAUGUUCUUUAACAGAGAGGAUGUGCUGUGGUUUAAACCAGUGGAAUUGAGGACAAAGUGGGGCCGCAGAGGACACAUCAAGGAGCCAUUAGGCACUCAUGGCCAUAUGAAGUGCACAUUUGAUGGACAGCUGAAAUCUCAGGACACCGUGCUGAUGAAUCUGUACAAACGUGUCUUCCCUAAGUGGACUUAUGAUCCCUAUGUGCCAGAGCCCAUGCCCUGGUCAAAAGAGGAAACUUCCCCCGGGCCAGAGGUGGACAUGCAAUGACAAGGGGUGUGAGCAAGCCUUAGGAACAGGUGUGAGCUGUGGAGGGGCCUCUGGGCCAUCGGGGGGGCGGAUGCCAAGUCUUGCCUUGGCCAAGUGCCCGGGCUGAGACAGUUGUGUCAUUUUGCUGCCACACUGGCAUUAAGCAGAUCUCUACAAGGAAAGAGAUUGGGAGGGCGAAAGCGUGGGCUGGGCCAGGGCUUAGUAAAGGCAUCUCUUAACAGCUCAGAGGACGGUGAGCCCCCUCACACUCUGAUCCCUUCAGCCAGCUCAGAGCCCGCAGGUCCACAUUCCCCCCACUGAGCACAACACAGAUGUCUCGUGCAGCGGGCACCACCUCCUGGAACUGCCGGCCCAGCACCGCCGCUACUCCCACCGCGGCCGUGGGCUCGAUGAGAAGUUUCAUUCUCUCCCACACCAGCUGGGUGGCAUGCUGUGGGCCAAGAAGAGAAAAGCCAGCGUUGAGCAGGGGAGCUGGCACAGGUGCUGCACGGCCAGCGUGUUUCUGUGCUUGCUUCUUGUGUGCUCUCCCUGCUGCGAGCCAGACACUAACCAUCUCGGCCCACUUAGGAACAUGGCCCCCUCCUUGUCCACACCCUAGUUUUUACAGAGGGAAGGAAGUGACUCACUCAAGAUCAAGAGCCGUGCCUCUGCCAAGCCUUAGCCUCCCUCUCCCUCUCCUCCCACUUUCUCACCUUAAUUUCAUCCUCGGUAACAGUGAAGACUUCAUCCACCAGAUCCCUUAUGAUAGGCCACGUGUGGGUGCCAAUGCUCGAUUUGACCCCAUCUGCUAUAGUGUCUGGCGGGGAAGGGUUAGGGGUUAGUUCCCCUUUAAGCUUGGAUUGGAAGCAGUCAUCUGCAUUGGAGGGCUCUGCAGCAUACACUUUCACCUCUGGUCUCAGAGCCUGCCAGGAGAGCACGAGACGUUCGAUACCAGGCAUGGCACCAGGACAGAGCCAGCCUUUGUCCCCGUUUGUGCUGAGCUACCUCUAAAGGGCUCUUACAUGGAUGGAAGCGACAAUAAAGCAAAAGCACAUUGCAACA